AUCUUGAGUUUGACUGACUUCUUUUUGGAACAAGAUCCAACGCUUCUUCUCGACAGACCUGCCUGACUGAGCGAUCACACACAUGGACGAGGUUGGAGAGGAGAGACCAGCAUAGGAGUAGUGCAGAUCAUAGUACUGGUACAGAUAGAUGAACCAGAAGAGGAAAGAUGCAGAACGAAGGUGACUUUGAAAAGCUCAAGAAGAGCGAUCCUUCCUAUUUCAAACUGGAGCUGUUCUUUGAUGCGGCCAAGAUCGGGACGACGGAUUGGUUCGAUUUGCGGAGCGCCAUUGAAGAGAACAAGGUGGUCCGCGAAGUGCACAUUCGUAUUACCAAGGAAUUCUGCGAUGGAUUUCCUCUGGGUGAAAUCGUCAAGCUCUUUGAAGCGAUUGGAUCUCUGCAGAAACUCAAAUAUGUGUGUUUGGGUCAAAUGCAAGGCGCGGUCCAAGUGUUUGGUCAAGUGCCACUCCAAGCUGUCAAGGCGCUCUUGGCCAAGGGCGGCGACAAGGUGGUGUGGUGGUUGACGCGUGGCAUGAUUUUGACGCAUAUUUACAAAGGAUCCGAGGAGGAAGCCGAAGACAAGGGUGACAAGUCGUUGGAUGUCAGUGAUCACAACAAGACACGCAAAGAAGCCAAGGAAAGCAAAAAGAAAAAGGAAAAGAAAUCCAAAAAGGAAUCGUCCAAAAAAGACAAGAAAAAAGAUGCCAAGCGAGAGUCGAUCACUGUCAAGAGUAGUAGUGAUGGAACUCUGGACAAGAAACAAUUGGCUGCCAAACGCUGCUUGGAAAAACUAGGAGACGUGCUCGUGGAACUCAAGAGCCUCAAGCGUGUCUCGCUCAUGGGACACUUUGACGAAACCCUGCAAGGAUGUAGUCUGGAUCCACUCCUCGAAGGCAUGAGUGCCUUGGGAGAAGCUGCUCUCGAAAUUCUAUUCAUUGCCAUGACUCGUCACGAAGGCAAGGUCCUCUGUGAACCAUCCACUCUGGGACACUUUCUCGACAAUGCCGUACAACUCAAGGAAUGUUCCAUCCUCUACAUGGAACUCACCGAUGAUCACAUUGAUGAAGUCGGAUCCAACAUUACCAAAUUAAAGACACUACAAGAACUCAUGCUCAGUGGAGCGACCCCUCCCGACAAUAGUGUCAGUGCCGAAUCCAUCGGUGCGCUUUUUCGAGCACCCCACUUGACCAAAUUAUGCUUGCCCGAAUUGGCAUUGGAUACGCGCAACACGCUUGCCAUGUGCAUGAACAUGGUCAAAUAUCACAAUAUCAAACACCUCGAAAUCAUGUGCGGAUUGGCCGGACUCGAGUUGCUCGCGCUGCAGCAAAUGCUCAUUAACAAUGAAGGAUUGGAAACACUGCACAUUCACGUACAAGAAUUGGACGCCGUUACGGCACCCCUCGAUCUCGUUACGAGCAGUUUUGCCAAUUCCAAAUCCAAACUCAAGACCAUCAAGUUGGAAACCAAAGAUGAAAACGAAAAGGCCAAGAAAAUGCGAGACUGCAAUAUUCAGGAAUGGGCCGAAGUGAUUGAAGGACUCUUCAAGGUCGACUCGGCACCGUCCUUGGAUGCUCAUUGCAUUACGCUCACAAAACUUUAGAAGAUGAUACAGCAACAAUCUCUCGCUCGUUCAGGCAACAAUACAACGUCCAAAGUGAACAUUUGUGGAGGAUGGCUCACGGUGCAUCGUAUGUUUUGGCUGCAAGUAUCUAUCUUGUUAACGACUGAUACUGUAGUUUGUUAUAGCAGUGUAUCUUUAUAAUGUCUUGGUUUUUGGUGUGGAGCGUCAGU